AUGGCACAGGUGACUCAGGUGGCACAGGUGACGCAGGUGACUCAGGUGGCACAGGUAGCACAGGAGGAUUUGGGAGCUCUCCCGUCCCAGCCCCACCAGGAGGAUUUGGUUCCUCUCCCGUCCCAGCCCCACCAGGAGGAUUUGGGACCUCUCCCGUCCCAGCCCCACCAGGAGGAUUUGGGAGCUCUCCCGUCCCACCAGGAUUCCCAAACUCUCCAAUCCCACCCGUGCUGGGAGCAUCCCGGCUGUGGGAUCGCCCUGCGCAGUCUCCAGGCCCGGCUGGAGGAGCUGGAAAAGCAGGUGCGGACGCCGGAGCCGGAGCGGGACGGGCGGGGCCCGGUCCUGCGGCGCCUCCCGGAGAGCGGCUGCAGAUCCCUGGAUCACCCCGGAUCCCAGGAGCAGCACGAGCAGCUCGCAGCACUCCAGGCCAGGCUGUGCCAGCAGCAGCAGGACGCGGAGCGGGAGCAGAGCCGGCUCCAGGAGGCCGUGGCUGACUUGGAGACCAGGCUGGGAGAGCAGGAGCAGCUCCUGGAGCAGGAGCGCCGCCGCGCCGCCGCCGAGCGCGGCCGGGCGGAUUCGCUGCGGGAGGCGCUGGAGGAGCAGCGGCGGCUCUCGGCCCAGCUGCGGGCCAUGGACAGGGCGGCGCUGGACGAGGCCAAGGUGAGCGGGGACCCGGCCCCAGGUGAGCCCCAGCGCGCGGCGCAGCAGCAGCAGGCCGGCCAGCGGGCGCUGCGGGAGGCGCGCCGGGCGCAGGAGGAGCAGCGGCGGCGGCUGCAGCGGCUGCAGGAGCAGCGGGAGCGGCUGCGGCUGCAGGAGCAGCGCCUGCAGCGGGAGCGGCGGAGCCUGGAGCGGCAGCGGGAGCAGCUCCGGGAGCGGCGGCAGGAGCUGGGCCCCGGCCUGGGGACGGGGACACGGCCGGAUCCCGUUUUCGGAUCCCGUUUUUAG